CAUCCCUCUUCCCCCUCCUCCUGCUCCCUCCUCCGUCCUUUUAGCAUUCUCCUCCCUCCUGGUCCAUCUGCUGUCGCGCUCGUACACAUCCAGCAUCAUGGACGUCGUCAAUCAGUUGGUGGCUCAGGGUCAGUUUAGGAUACUGAAGGUUCCUCUGGGCUUCAUCAAGAUCCUGCAGUGGUUUUUCGCCAUCUUGGCUUUCUCCACAUGCGGAAGCUACUCGGGAAUGCUCCGCAUGUCCGUGGAGUGCAAGAACCGCACAUCCAGCGACCUGAGCAUCGAGGUGGAGUUUGAAUAUCCUUUCAGAUUGCAUCACAUGUAUUUUGACGCCCCCACCUGCAAGAAUGGCACCACGGAACGUAUCUUCCUGGUGGGCGACUAUUCCUCCUCGGCUGAGUUCUUUGUCACCAUUGGAGUCUUCUCCUUCCUGUAUGCCACGGCGGCGCUCAGCGUCUACGUCUUCUUUUUCGACAAGUACAAGGAGAACAACAAGGGCCCACUAGUGGACCUUGGCGUGAGCGCCGUGUUCGCCUUCAUGUGGUUGGUGAGCUCGGCGGCGUGGGCCAAGGGUUUGUCCGACGUCAAGAGGGCCACAGACCCAGACCAGGUCAUCACUUUGAUUUCCGCCUGUGACGCCGAGGAGAACCGGUGCCGGGAAGUCCACGAUCCUGUCGUAUCUGGACUCAACACGUCUGUGGCUUUUGGCUUCAUCAAUCUAGUCCUGUGGGUGGGAAACCUGUGGUUCGUCUUCAAGGAGACAGGCAUCAUCGCCCCCUUCAUGAGAGCUCCAGCCACUCAGGAGAAACCCCCCGGCGUCGCCACAGCGCCAGGCGCCUACGAGCAGGACCCGUAUGCCAGUAACCAGGGGGGCUACCAGCCUGACUAUAACCAGCAGGGUUACAACCAGGAUGCAGAGCAGGGGGCGCCUACCUCCUUCUCCAAUCAGAUGUGAGCUGACGGGAACUUGGAAGCAUCGACAUGGAGGGAAUGCCCACCUGCAGUCUUCCCACCGAUGCAACACUAUCAAAAUGUUAAUGGGGGGGGGGGGGUCUCCUGGAGCUUUGAUUAACGCACUCUAAUCAAUUUGGAGAUAAAAUAGAUGAAAGAUGACAGGGAUCAAGCUACCAAGGAUCAAACAAAUGAAAGCAUUUUUGGUUGCAGCAAGCACGUUUGUGCAAAUAAGUAAACAAAUAUAUAAACACACACACACACACAAAGUAUAUAUAUAUAUAUAUAUAUAUACACACACACACACAUACAUACACACACAGAGACUGGAAAAAUAUAUACACAUAUGUAAAUAUAUACUGUACAGUUGGAAGACAAAAGUUUGUGAACCCUCCGGAAUAAUAGAUUUCUGAAUAAAUUAGUAAUGUGAUUCGAUCUUCAUCUCAGUCAUAACGAUAGACUUGUUAUUUUUAAACUAAUUCCACCCGAAAAAUUAUGUUUUCAUCAUGAUUCACAUUGGGCAAUGAGUCUUUGACAAUAGCAAACUAAAAAGAGGUGCAUUUUAUAGCAUUAGAGCAGCUUUAACUAACGCCUCACAUUGAUUGGACUCUAGGUUGACUGCCACCUGACUCCAAUUUGCUCAAGGAGAAGUUGUUAACCUUGUGGUUCACAUACAUUUUCCACCCUGCAGAGGUAAAGUAUAUAUGGUGUGCCCAAUAACGUACAUAAAAUCCAGGGUUCACAUACUAUUUCUUACAAGUGCAUGUAAUGUAUAUAGUAUCUCUCCCACCCCAAAAUGGACUGAGCGCUGUUGAGGUUCUCCCCAAAAUGUAUAUAUAAUGGCCCUAUAGAUGUCUCAAGAUAGAGGCAAAGCACUUUUUUUCUAUUAGAUAAGGCUAUGGCCUGACUAAAUUACUGUAAGUCCACCCCCCUCCCCCCGGUGCCAAAAACAUAUUUUUAAAUUUGGCAUGGCUUUGGCACACAAGAACAGAAUGAGUAUCACCCAAAAAUGGAUGAUAAGUUCAUUUAAAAAAAAAAAAAUCACUGAAUAAGGGAAUUCUCAGUUGCCAAACCCUGAAUAUACACGGACUCACCAUGUAUGAGAAUAUAUACUAACUAAUUCUAAACAGCCUAUUUGUUUCUCCGUAUCAAUAUACUGGGAGAAUCCCAUGGUCACACACCGAAACCAGACCUGAAAACCAAACCUGAAAACGAGCUAGGUGUUUUGAGUCACAUUAGAAACCAAAAUCCUUGUUGUAGUUUUGAGUGACUCUGCAGAAAUGACAAUAAAACACUGUUAGGAGACUGGCUUAAUUAACUAGCUUAGCUUCUUGCCUGAUAACCAGCUAGCCAGCCUAAUGUUUUGACAAUACUGUAAAUAGAAAACCAGCUCAAGUUCCCAAAGUGGAUCAAUCCCUCAAUCUUGUGAUGGAUAUUUCUGCUGACAUUGACUUUUCCCCUUUUACCCAAUCGACUGUCAUCCCUGCGAAUGUUUGUGUUGUAUCGUAACUGAUGAUAUGUGUGUGUGUGUGCGUGCUUGUGCAUUUGUAUAAGUAGGCACGUAUGGGUGUUACAAGUGUCUCUUCUUUUCCUAUUUCUUUGUUCCAGUCCCUGUUCUCCUCGUGCUGAGCAUAGACAUAGUUACAUGGAUGCCUCGCUGAGCAUGUUUUGACCGUUGCUCUUGUACAUCAGUGCGUCUGCUGUAAAGGAUGUGGCAGAUCUUCCCGAUAAACGGUUAAAAGCAAAUGGACUGAACUUCAGAUAGCAACAAACUACAAAGUACACAAUUAGUUCAUGCCUGUAGGAUACUUGAGAAACAGAUCAUCAAAACAAUGUGUAACUUGCAAUCUGAUUAUUUUAAAUGUUACGCUUUAUAUAGCUAGGAAAUAGGUGUUAGGUCUAGCUGUGGUCCCGUGACCAGGUCUUUACCCAAGCAAGAAAGUUUUAGUGCCAAAAUGAGAGUCUAGUCCCAAGAGAAGGCUCAGGUCUUGAGAGGAAGUCCUUGGGUCAAGGGAAGCUUCUCGUCCUGAAAGGUUUGUAGUCCCAAGAGAAAGUGCAAUUCCCCAAAUAAAAUCUGUCCCCAGAUAAUGAAGUCCAUCUGAAACAAGGUUCUAGUCUUUACAGAAAGUUGUAGUUUAAAGUGAAGGUACUAGUCCCAAAGUGAAGUUCUAAUCCCAACAGAUGUUUCUAGUCCUGUCACAAGAAGUUUCCAGCUAUUGGAAAAGUUACUAGUCCGCAGAGAAGGUUCUUGUACAGAGGUAAGGUUCUUGUUCCCAGCCAAAAUUGUAUUUUAGAGAGAAUGCUCUACACCAAAAAGAAAGGUUCUGGUUCCAGAGAAGGUUAUAUUCUUGAGAAAAGGUUCUAGUCCAAAGAUUAGGCUCUUGCCUAAAAGGAGGGUUGUUGUCCAUAGACAAGGUUUUAGUCUCCUUUUGCAUUUAAGUGAUUUUAAUUGUUGUUAUAUUUUGUGAUUUAUUUCUAUUCAACACAAUUAUUGCAAUUUAUCAACAGAAAAGUUAUUAUUGAUUGUUCAUUCAUGGUAUUAGCCACAAAGUAAGACACUUUUCUAGUUAAAAUGGGCACAUACCAUAAAAAGAAUUCAUUGUUCAGUCUUAAUCACAUAAGAUCUGGCUAAUUGCUCCACUUUUCCAUCAACAUGUUCAUCAGCGCUUAUUACCUCUAUAUAAAUAUGUCUACUGUGUCACAACAAAGAUGAUGAUGAUUAUGAUGAUAAUGGUGUAUGUGGGAUUUGUUGCUAUGCCAUUCGCCCUAUUGUGUUGAUCUCCCGGUAUGU